UUCGGCAACACGUUCCUUUCACUCUGAUUGGUUGUGUUCACGCUGCUGCUGAUGUGGUGUUCCGAAGUUAGCAACCCUGGUCCACUGAUGCAGAUAUAUUCUUUGGUAUAAUAGUAAUAUCAAUUUGUUUAAAUAAUGCCUUACUAUCAGACUUGGGAGGAGUUCGCACGUGCAGCAGAAAAACUGUAUCUGACAGAUCCCAUGAAGGUCAGAGUGGUCCUGAAGUACAGACACUGCGACGGCAACCUUUGCAUUAAAGUGACCGACAAUGCCGUGUGUUUACAGUACAAGACAGACCAGGCCCAGGAUGUAAAGAAGAUAGAGAAGCUCCAUGGAAAACUGAUGAGACUCAUGGUAUCCAAGGAGACACACAGUGGUGCCAUGGAGACAGACUAAAAUGCUCUAGAAGCACCUGGACUGAAUUCAGUGGACACAGUGGUUAAGAGCACAGUAACAUUGGAGUGUGACGUGGAGGCUGAGAGAAAGGCAGUUGUAAAAUGUGAUGACUGCCUGCCCUUAUUUAAUACAGAGAGAUGUGAUCAUAUAUGUACUGUAUAUUUUAUUCUCUCAUUAUUAUUAUUUUUUUUAAUUCUUACUUAGUCAUUAAACAUUACAUUAUUUGGCUUUUCCCCAUGAGGCAUUUUGAUCACAUCCCUGAUAGUAUUAAUAUAAAAUAAAGUCAAUUUAGGCUGCUGGUAAAUUUCAGGAAAUGUAGAGAUGGAAAAUGAGAGGGUUUUAGGGGAAUCUGGGACAAAAUGUACAAAAAGUAAAAAGUACAGUUCCUCUGUUGCUGUGUGAGCAGCUUUGGCACCUUCAUUUCUUUAGAGGAGCUUGAAACGAUUUUCAGUUUUAAAGGGGUUGAACAAAUGUGGCAACAAAGAUGUCUUUUUGUUCUCUUUUUGCAUUUACAUCUUUAUUGCUAUGCUGGAUUGAAUUUCAGCACGGCAAUCUGUUUCAUUCUGUUUGUCCUCGUGGACUUGUGCCACAUGAAUGAAGCAGGACCUUCCAGUUUCCUAACAGCGGUGUCAAGAAACCCUUGAUUUCUACAGAGGCACCCCACACAUCCCAAUGCCAUUUCAUUGUCUGACAAUAAUUAUGUUACAUGUUCAAUAAAUGUUUAUUACCCCAGUAUA